AGGAAAACAUAAAGAGAAAGAAAGAAGAAAGAAGAAAGAAAUUGGAGAAGGCGAAAGGCAAAGGGGAUUUUCAAAACUCGUGAAAAAUCUGAGAGAGGGAUUUUCAGCGUUCAAACUUUUCUCCCCUCUCUCUCUUUCUCUGUGUUCGUUCGUUUCCACUCGAACCCUAUUGUCGCUUAUUUCAUGAACUUCCACCGCCGAGAAUGGCCGCUGAGUCACCGCCGGAUAACAUUGUACUGAAUUUAGCUAAGUUAGGGUUUCAGUUGGAUAUCGGAUUCGGAGAUCUCUGUUCUUCUCAACACUCAACUAAUUAAUUAACCGAUUAUUCUUUUUUCUUGAAACCACGUCACCGUUUUCGGCUGGCGGAUCUCCAAUUGUUGUUGGAACUGCCAUGAUGGUGAGGGGAGGACAGUGCUUCGAGAAACUUCGGCGGUUUGCUCGGACGGUUUUCUUCGUGGCGGCAUUGGUGGCGUCGCUGCUCGUGACGUCGCUGCCUGUGCUCGUCGCGGUUGUUGACGUGCUGGUCCCUUGCGUUCUCAUUUCCAGCUUCACCUGUGUCAAGUGCUACGGCUUCAAGGAGCAUUUGCGUCGUUACUCUUUCAAGAGCUCCUUGAUGGAUAUUCCUCUCGUUUCGGUCGUACGAUCCUUCAUCAUUAUCUGUGUUUAUUCUAUUUGUGAUGGCCCGGCUCUUUCGCAUGGUCCUUAUCUUGGAACUGUGACACUGUCUUCCUUUAUCUCAAUUGUCCUCCUAUCAGUCAAAGCUUGUGUUUUCUCAGUAAAUUCUCAGAUUGAAGCAGAAGCUACUAUUUCCCCCACAAGACAGAGACUCCAUUUAAAGAAGUCAUGGGGAAUGCCUGUCUUGUUUCUCUCGUCAGUUGUGUUUGCUCUUGGUCACACUGUGGUUGCUUAUAGAACCAGCUGCAGAGCAAGGAGGAAGCUCAUGUUUCAUAGAGUUGACCCCGAAGCGGUGCUUUCGUGCAAGAAUGUUUUCUCUGGUUAUCAGAAGGUCCCUCGGUCUCCUGUUCCCUCCGAGGGCAGAACCCCAAAAAGCGACGGUGAAAUGAAAAGGAAGCCUUUUGGAACAGCUCGUGAUGUAGAACUUCCACUUAGAUUACUUGCAGAUUCAGAGAGCUUAUUCAUCCCCUGCCAAGGUCUUACUCUCCAUUACAAGCUCAGCAUGCCUGGUUCACCGCCACUUAACAUGUCCUCAACAUUUUGCUCCACUUCAUCAGUGGCUGGGGGCUUGUCAAAGUUGAAUAGACAUUUGACUUGCAUAUCUCCAAAAUCCCAUCGGCAACUCUACCGGAGCUAUAGCAAUCAAUUCUAUGGAUCAUCUCUACAUGCUCCUCUUUUAGAUAUUCCAGUAACCUUUCCACAUCUUAAUGAAGAAAUCCCUGUUUUGCAUCUAGAUGAAAUUCGUGAAGAUGAGGACACAAUUAAAUUAGAGUCUUUGUCUUCGGAGCAGCAUGUAGAGGACAUCGGUCAAGUAGGUAUUAUUUUGAUACAUGGGUUUGGUGGAGGCGUCUUCUCUUGGCGACAUGUAAUGGGACCUCUAGCCCGGCAGAGUAAUUGUACAGUUGCGGCAUUUGAUAGGCCUGGUUGGGGAUUGACUUCAAGACUGAGCCGGGAGGACUGGGAGAAAAAGGAAUUGCCUAAUCCUUACAAACUUGAAAGUCAGGUUGUUCUCCUUUUGUCUUUCUGUUCCGAGAUUGGAUUUUCUUCAGUUGUUCUAAUUGGUCAUGAUGAUGGAGGGUUGCUUGCUCUGAUGGCUGCACAGAGAGUUCAAUCAUCAAUGAAUUCUUUCAACGUUACAGUGAAAGGGGUUGUAUUGUUAAAUGUUAACUUAUCAAGGGAAGUUGUUCCUUCCUUUGCUAAAAUCCUUCUGCAUACAUCUCUUGGAAAGAAACAUUUGGUUCGUCCCUUACUAAGAACAGAAAUCACCCAUGUGGUGAAUCGGCGGUCAUGGUAUGAUGCUACCAAACUGACAACAGAAGUUUUGACUCUAUAUAAGGCUCCGCUAUAUGCAGAAGGAUGGGAUGAAGCGCUUCACGAGAUUUGUAAAUUGUCAUCGGAAACCAUCGUCUCUGCAAAAAAUGCAGACUUAUUGCUACAGGCUGUAGAAGACAUUCCAGUGUUGGUCAUAGCCGGUGCCGAAGAUUCACUUGUCUCAAUGAAAUAUUGUCAAGCAAUGGCCUCCAAAUUUUUAAAUUCUAGACUGGUUGCAAUAUCCGGAUGUGGUCAUCUACCCCACGAGGAGUGUCCAAUGGCGUUGCUUGCGGCUAUAUCACCCUUUAUUAAUAAACUUUUCAAUGUAUAUAACUCUGAAAGGCAAUAGGUUGUCCAUCUCAUUUUCAGGUUUUUCAUUUAUAGGUUCAGUCUAUUAUUGUAGGGCGUUUUGUUCUUCUCUGUCUUGUCCUAUCAUUUUCCUGGCAUCCUCUUUCAUUUCUUUCUUUCUAAGCAAAUAGUACUUCCAAGAGAAAGAGAUCAAAGGCAUCAUCUUUUCUCUUGGGUGUUUUUGAUGUGUCCGCUUUAGGUGUUUUAGUUGUCGAUAUUUAUACUCAUUUGAGUUGCUUGUCAUUUCCCCUUAAAGAAAGCGGGGAUAUGAGUAGUAGAUAUCCAUUUGUAAAUUUAAUUUAUAAUGUUGUUUGAUUGUUUCUAGCUGCUAAA